AUGGUUGUGGAUUUGUCUCGGAUGUACUUGGAAAGUAAGAUUAGGAUAGUAGUUCGUGUGCAAGAUCAAAGUGGGUCUUCUUCGUUCGUAUUGUUUGAGCGUCAUGUAAAAGAUCUUAUUCGUCGUGGAAACCAAUGGUUUAUGGAAAAAAUAGCUAAGGAUCAAGGACGACAACAGAUACCUGAUGAGUUCAAAAUCCUUCUAAAUAAGAAGUUUGUCUUCAAAGUUCAGAUAUCCAUGUUCAAUCUGCAGAACAACUAUCGUGCUUACACUGUACAUAAGUUGACUGAUGAUGAAAGGGUUAUUGCUGAGGUUUUUAAACGGUCACCAAAUCAUCAACACCAUAAUAUAAAUGAUAAUGGUACUCCUAUUAACAAGCCAAAUAAGGAAAAUACUAAUUCUGUGCAUGAUGACAAUCUUGAUGUUGUUGACCUUGAAGCUGUUACACCAUCAUCCAGUACGGGGAAGCGCCCUAUUGAGAUUGAUGCCAACACUGACUCUUUGGAGUGGUCUUCUUCAAAAAUUGGUGCUGUACGGGAUACCUUGAAGAUCCCAAAGUUGGAAAAGUUAGACUAA